AUGUUCACGGGGCUUGUCGAGACAAUCGGCACGGUAACGUCGCUCUCUGCACUGGACGCCUCCGUGUCCGGGGGCAACGGCACGUCGCUGACAAUCUCGGACUGCAGCGCGAUCCUCGGAGAUGCGGCGCUGGGGGACUCGAUUUCGGUGAACGGGACGUGCCUGACGGUGACGGAAUUCGACGCGACGAGUUUCAAAGUGGGCGUCGCGCCCGAGACGCUGCGGCGCACGAAUCUGGGGUCGCUGACGACCGGCUCGAAAGUCAACCUCGAGCGCGCCGUCAGUGCCGCGACGCGCAUGGGCGGCCAUUUCGUCCAGGGCCACGUCGACACCAUCGCCAGCAUCGUCAGUGUCACGCCCGACGGGAAUGCGUUGACGUUUCGCCUCGCGCCUAGGGAGAGGGAGGUGCUGAGGUAUGUCGUUGAGAAGGGCUAUGUCACGCUCGAUGGGGCGAGUUUGACCGUCACGGCCGUGCAUGAUGUCGAGGGCUGGUUCGAGGUUAUGUUGAUCGCGUACACCCAGGAGCGGGUUGUGACGGCCGCGAAAAAGGCUGGCGAAGAGGUCAAUGUUGAGAUUGAUGUCGUGGGCAAGGUUGUUGAGAAGAGUGUCGUGGGGUAUCUGGAGGGGUCGGUGGGAAAGGAUGGCGUGCCGGCUAUUCUGGAGAAGAUUGUUGGUAGGCUGGUCGAGGAGAAGCUGAAGGCCUUGCAGGGGUGA